AUGGUGGAGAUCAAGGAGGAGAUGAUGAGGAGCUAUGGCCUACAGCCCGGCUACAUCCAGGAGCCAAAAUCCAGGGAGGAGCUCCUGAAGUACCAACCCAAGAUGGAGGAGCUGCCGGCCCGAUCUAUGCAGGAUUCCUUCACCUCGGCCAUCAUUCCUCUGAGCAAGGAUCCCGUGCUGCAGGACAAGUAUAUCAAUUUUAGAGGCUUCGUGCGGCUGGGAAGGCUUCUCGAGGACAUGGACUAUUUCGCCGCUUGGUGCUGUCAUAGGCAUCUGGAACUACCCAAUCUUCCCGAGGGAGUGCCGCUGCCCUACACCUUUGUGACCAUUCUGGUGGACCGCAUCGACUUCACCGAUGUCUCGGCCUCGGGCACCCAGGACAUCCGCCUCUCCGGCCACGUCUCCUGGGUGGGAACCAGUUCCAUGGAGGUGGUGGUGUGGCUGGAGCAGAAGGUCGAUGAGAAGUACCAGAAGAUCACGCGUGCUCUUUUUCUCAUGGCGGCCAGAAAUGCCACGAAUACGGGAGCAGCUCCAGUGAAUCCCAUACAGCCGGCCAACGAGGAGGAGCAGGAGAUCCUGGCCGGUGGGGCAGAUAGAAAGAAGCGGCGGCAGAUCCUGAGCGCCCAGUCCGUCUUUAAAGUAGAACCGAACGCUCAGGAACAAUCGCUGAUAUACGAGGUCUACAAGCGGACCUCUCCCAUCGAGCACGCGGGUCCUCUCAAGCGUCUCCUGCCCCCCAACUGCCGCUGGAUGAAGGAAUCUGUUCAGACGACCACGAUUGCCUCGUUUCCGGAGCACCGGAAUCAUCAUAAUACCGUCUUCGGGGGAUUCCUCAUGCGCAGUGCCCUGGAGAUUAGCUGGGCGGCAGCUUUCCUCUACUGCAAGGAUCGCCCCAAACUGAAGCACAUCUCGGACAUUAGUUUCGAGAAGCCAGUGACUGUGAAUAGCUUUAUCAAGAUGACCGCCUAUGUGGUGUACACGAACCUCAACUACGUGCAGAUCAUGACCGUGGCCGAUGUCCUGGAUCCUUACACUGGCAAACAGGUGACCGCCAACGCCUUCCACUACACCUUCUCGGCUCCGGAUGCGGUUACUGAAGUCCUCCCAAGAUCCUACCACGAAACCAUGUGGUACAUCCAUGGUCGCCGCAAGUUUUUAGCCAGCAAGGUUGACAAGUCUUGAACAUUUUUUGGAUAAAUUUACAGGUUGUAAUAUAAAUUUAAAAUUUGUCAUAGCUCAUCUAUAAAGAGACUGGUGUAUUUUAUAUAUUAGUUUCAAAAAAUGUACACUAAGCAACAUCAAAAAUUUACCU